AUGUACACUGGUAUUACAUGUAGGAUAAUCUCCCAAGUCUCAAGUACCUCUGUGUUAGAUUUGAUGGGGGAGAUGGUGCCUCAAUGGAGAAACUUUUUUCCAAGUACCCCCCGUCCCUAUAGGCUUCCAAUAGGUGAAAGUCUAGCCUGUGAUUACCUUGUGCCUCCAUUUACUAUAGGAAUUUCCAAUGAAUAUCUGAACCAAUCACCUAAUCUAGAAUCUCUUAACCUAGAGCUUGAUAGUAUUUUGAACACCGAAAACAACCUUUUCAGUCCACCAACAUUUGUGCCUACUUGUUUGUCUUCACACAUUAGGAUAAUCUCCAUGAAGGGGUUCCAAGGAAAACGUGAUGAGAUGGAUGCGACUAAGUAUUUGUUGAAGUUCGGUUUGGUUAUGAAUAAAAUGAUUGUUUCUACUGCUACUGUUGCUGGUGUUGUCAUUCCUUCCCUCCCGAAAUAG